AUGGCGCCCGGGCCCUCCACCCUCCUGGGCCUGGCGCUCUGUCUGGCCCAGAUGGCCUGCACCCAGCAGGGGACCCUGCCCAGACCCUCCAUCUCAGCUGAGCCGGGCUCCGUGGUGCCCUGGGGGCGGCCAGUGAGCAUCGUGUGCAGGGGCCCUGCCGGGGUUAGGAGCUUCCGCCUGGAGAUGGACAAUAGAUCCUACUACAGGGAUGUGGCUGUCAUGUCCGGAGGUGAACAGGAGACGGAGGCCAGAUUCCCCAUCACCGCCCUGCAUGAAGACGCCGUCGGGCGUUAUCGCUGCAUCUAUCAAACAGAGUCUGGCUGGUCUGAGUUCAGCGAGGCCCUGAGCCUGGAGGGGACCGUGGAGGCCGUCUCUGCCCUGCCCACAGCGUGGGUGUGUGACGGCGUCAGCGCGGGUGUGCAGGCCGAGACCGGGAGGGCAGCGGUGUCAGCCCCGGCCCGGGGCUGGGGAGGCGGGAACCAGGGGUCUGAGUCUGAGGGCCGGAGCUGCCGGGCGUCCCAGCGCAAGAACAGGCGGGAAUGCACCGCCUGUCCCUGCUCGGGCGCUGGGGCGCAGCCUCCGGAGCCCGGGGAUGGACUCAGGGCGCUGGGGCGCAAGGACGUUCCCACGGGGAGGGACGGCCCCUCCUGCUCUGAGGCCCCCGGGCGCCACCUGGAGGACGAGCCGGGCAGUGCUGCGUGGUCUGGCAGCGAGGCUCCACCUUGCGCUCCGACCCUCCCGGCUCCGGGAGCAGAGCGAGGUGGGACUCCUUCGACCGCUGCCCGCAGACGUAAGCCUCCAGCAGCCUGUGAGCGAGGCCCGCGCGGCCAGUCAGCUCGGACCCAGCGCCUGCGGGGGCCCGGAGUCUUCCCCGCAGUGCUAACGACUGCUCCCUGUCCCCUGGUGCCCCUGGGAGGGGAGGAGCCCCGGGCCUCUGCUCGGGAGACUGAUGGAAACCUCACUGCGUCCACACAGGCAGCCCCAAGCGGGAGACUCGAGAUGAACACGAGCCACGGUCACCCCCAGGCCACGGGGAGGGGGACGGCAGCUNUCCUUCUGACCAAGGAAGGAGAAAAUGAGUCCUCUCGGACACUGGAUGGACAGCGGAGCCCCGACGGGCAGACCCAGGCCCUGUUCCCCGUGGGCCCCGUGAGCCCCGGACACGGGUGGACGUUCAGAUGCUACGGCUUUAACAGGGACACCCCCCGGGUGUGGUCGGCCCCCAGCAACCCCCUGGAGCUCCUGGUCUCAGGGCUGUCUGGGAAGCCGUCCCUCCUGACCCCACAGGGCCCUGUCGUCACCUCUGGACAGAACCUGACCCUUCAGUGUCGCUCUGACAUGGGCUACGCCAGAUUCGCUCUGGCCAAGGAGGGGGGCCGGGACCUCCCCCAGCGCCCUGCCCGGAGGGCCCAGGGGGGCCUCUCUCAGGCCGACUUCCCCCUGGGCCCAGUGGGCACCGUCCACGGGGGCCGGUACAGAUGCUACGGUGGACACGGCCUCUCCUCCGAGUGGUCGGCCCCCAGCGACCCCCUGGAGCUCCUGGUGGCAGGAGAGGAGCCAGCGGGACUGCUCAGAGACAGACCCUCCCUCUCGGCGCGGCCGGGCCCCUCGGUGGCCCCGGGGGAGAACGUGACCCUGCUGUGUCAGUCAGGAGACUGGACGGGCACCUUCCUUCUGUCCCAGGAGCGGGCAGCCCAUCGCCCCCUGCGUCUGCGCGCCCAGGACCAAGGCGGGCGGUUCCAGGCCGAGUUCUCCUUGAGUCCUGUGAGCUCGGCCCACGGGGGCACCUACAGGUGCUAUUGCGCACUCGGCACAGAGCCCUACCUGCUGUCACGGCCCAGCGAGCCCCUGGCGCUCCUGGUCUCAGACUACACGGUGCAGAAUCUCAUCCGGAUAGGCCUCGCGGUCUCGGUCCUGCUGCUCCUCGGGGUCCUGCUCUGCCAGGCUCGGCACGACCGCGGAGGACCCCGAGAUGAGGCCCGGAGCUGA